CACAAAACACGCUUCAUUGUUUAGAGAAGCAAACGACACUAAAAUCUGAGAAACGAAGAAGAACGUGAAUCCGCCGCAACAACCUCCCCCACUUUUUCCGACGGCGUACAAGUUUCCUCCGCCGUUAACGCCGUCGUUUACCACCACGAAUUGUGAAGUAGUUUUAAGAUUUUUGAAGACUGAUGUCAAACCCAUUGAAAGAGUCAAGAGAGGGAAUUACAGAUUCUGUUGGUCACAUGAGGGAAGAUAAUGAGUAUGUUCGGCUUGUUGUGGCUCAUGAAGCUGCUGCAGCUGAAACCGUGUUGUCUCUGUCUCAAUCAGAGGUGCGGAGUAAGAAACUGAUGUGGUGGGUGAAAGCUUUGGGGAUAUUUGCUGUUGCUCUCCUCCUUACGCUUGUUUUUGGCAAAUGGGGAGUUCCAUUUGUGUUCCAAAAGGUUCUUAUUCCAAUUUUGCAAUGGGAAGCAACUGCAUUUGGCCGUCCUAUGCUCGCGAUUGUCCUUGUUGUUUCCUUGGCCUUGUUUCCUGUGUUAUUGAUACCUUCUGGUCCUUCCAUGUGGUUAGCUGGGAUGAUUUUUGGUUAUGGUCUAGGUUUUGUUAUAAUCAUGGUUGGAACCACCAUUGGCAUGGUUCUUCCUUACCUAAUUGGGCUUAUGUUCCGUGAUCGCCUCCAUCAAUGGUUAAAAAGGUGGCCUCGUCAAGCUGCUGUUCUUAGACUAGCUGCAGAAGGAAGCUGGUUCCAUCAAUUUAGAGUCGUGGCAAUCUUCAGGAUUUCCCCAUUUCCUUACACGAUUUUCAACUACGCAAUCGUCGUGACAAGCAUGAGAUUCUGGCCUUACUUCUUCGGAUCCAUAGCAGGAAUGAUACCAGAAGCUUUCAUCUACAUUUACAGCGGUCGGUUGAUCAGAACAUUCGCUGAUGUGCAAUACGGACAUCAACGUUUGACAACAGUGGAGAUUGUGUACAACGUCAUCUCCUUGAUAAUUGCGGUCGUGACAACUGUAGCUUUCACUGUAUACGCGAAAAGAGCUUUGAGAGAUCUUCAAAACGCAGAAGCUAAUGAAGAUGAAGAAGUUCCAGUAAGAAAACAGCCGAUAUUUGAGAUGAAGGAUGUUGUUCAACACGAAGAAGAUAAUAAUCGGCGAUUGCCUUAACCCAAUUAAGUUGACAAGAAGCUAUGAUAGGUUAAAGAGUAAAUAACAAAAAGGGGUAAAGAAAAAGAUGUCUGAUGUAGUAGGAAAGACUAGUCAUGAUUGGGAUUAUAGUAGUGUGCCACUGAUUCUAAAAAUAAAUAAAACAAAGCAUUUAGGCUUCAAUAGUGCGGUAUGAAAAUCUGGAUGCUCUGUCUAUGCGAUGUAGGAGUGUAUUUCAAUACUUCUACUGUUGAAAAGGUUAGUGAUCUUGUAAGAAA